AGAAGAACCUGGUAAAAAAAAAAAGAUAAUGAUCAUAAUCAAAAAAGAUCGACAAUCUAUAUAAAUCUUGAACAAAUACCCUCAACACUCCUAAUUGGUUUUUGAUUCUUUAACCUACCAAAUUUAAGCCUAAUAAAUUUCACUCUUGAGAUAUUUUAUCAUUCUCUUUUAAUUACUCCCGUCAUUUAUGUGUCUCUUUUAAUUUUCGGUAUAGUACUAUCAACCUACCCAACAAAGUAUCUUUACCUAUAUAUUCACCCAAUUAGACCUCAACAUAUACUCUUAUAUAAACACGUUGAGGGGUUUGAAAUUUCUAGCAAGAGAGAAAGAGAAAAGAAAGCCUUUAACCAUCAUCAUCAUCAUCAUGAUAAUAAAUCAAGGUGACAAAGAAGAUCAAACGAACACGUUCAACAAAUAUGCUUUUGCUUGUGCCAUAGUUGCUUCAAUGGUGUCCAUCGUUUCUGGUUAUGAUACUGGUGUUAUGAGUGGAGCAAUGUUGUUCAUAAAGGAAGACUUGGGAAUCAGUGACACACAACAAGAGGUUCUAGCAGGAAUCUUAAACCUAUGCGCAUUAGUAGGAUCAUUAACGGCUGGAAGAACCUCCGAUUACAUUGGACGUCGCUACACAAUCUUCUUAGCUUCAAUAUUGUUCAUCCUUGGUGCAGGUCUAAUGGGGUAUGGUCCAAACUACGCAAUUUUAAUGGUUGGAAGAUGUGUUUGCGGUGUAGGUGUUGGUUUUGCUCUUAUGAUAGCACCAGUUUAUUCAGCUGAAAUUUCUUCUGCUUCAUCAAGAGGAUUCUUAACCUCUUUACCUGAACUUUGUAUUGGUAUUGGAAUCUUGUUAGGUUAUAUAUCAAACUAUGUUUUGGGAAAAUAUUUGAGUUUGAAACUUGGUUGGAGAUUAAUGCUUGGUAUUGCAGCUUUGCCUUCAUUUGUAGUAGCUUUUUGUAUUUUAACAAUGCCUGAGUCACCAAGGUGGCUGGUUAUGCAAGGUCAAUUAGGAAAAGCGAAAAAAGUUCUAAUGCAAGUUUCAAACACAACUCAAGAAGCAGAACUUCGUCUCAAGGAUAUAAAAAUCGCUGCUGGUUUAGACGAAAAUUGCAAUGACGAAACUGUGAAGUUACCUCAAAAGUCUCAUCAAGGUGAAGGGGUUUGGAAAGAGUUGAUUUUAAGACCAACGCCUUCUGUACGUUGGAUGUUAAUUGCUGCAGUUGGGAUUCAUUUUUUCGAACAUGCAACUGGUAUUGAAGCUGUUAUGUUAUAUAGUCCGAGAAUUUUCAGAAAAGCUGGUAUUACAAGUAAAGAAAAGCUUUUACUUGCAACUAUUGGAGUAGGUUUAACAAAAAUUGUUUUCCUUGUAAUUGCUUUGUUUUUACUUGACAAACUUGGUAGAAGACGACUUUUGCAAAUUAGCACCGGAGGAAUGAUUAUUGGACUUACGCUAUUGGGCCUUAGCUUGACCGUGGUGGAUAAAUCCAACGGAAACGUUUUAUGGGCCUUGAUCCUUAGCAUCGUCGCAACUUAUGCCUAUGUUGCUUUCUUUAAUAUUGGGCUUGGGCCUAUUACUUGGGUUUAUAGUUCAGAGAUAUUUCCUUUGAAGUUGAGGGCACAAGGAGCAAGUAUUGGAGUUGCUGUGAAUAGAACCAUGAAUGCUGUUGUUUCUAUGACUUUUAUUUCAAUCUAUAAAGCUAUCACAAUAGGUGGAAGUUUUUUCAUGUUUGCUGGUAUAUCUGUUUUAGCUUGGUUGUUUUUCUACUUUUUCCUUCCUGAAACUAAAGGAAAAGCUUUAGAGGAAAUGGAGAUGGUUUUUACCAAAAAAUCAAGUGGUAAAAAUGUGGCAAUAGAAAUGGAUCCAAUACAGAAGGUCUAGUAUGUUCUACUUCUAUGAAGCAAAUCAUGGUUCUAUAGACCUUGGAAUUAAAUUCAAAUAGUAGUUUUUGUGUUUUGUUAGUAAUGUGUUCCACGUUAGAAAAUGUUGAAUUGUGUAUUUCUUUUUUUGAAUCUAGUGUAUCUCUAAUAUGGUUCAUGAUGCAAUUGUUUUGUGUGGCAUGAUAUACACACUUCAAUGCAAAUCCUGUUUUUUUACCAUGUUAUCAUUAAGUUUUCACAAUUGUUUUUCAAUAUA